AUGCCUCCCAAAUGGACUUCUUCCACCCAAAAGUGCGCUAACCAGCGGAUGGAAACUGCAUCUAUGGACUUCAUGAUGCAUACCCACAGUGGUUUGCCCAUCAACCAGCACAUGAACAACACUAAAACGUCACUACCACCCACUAAAAAAAUCAAACCUAUCCCCUUGCCAAGGAGGACCUUGGUCAUGAACUUCAAUGACUACAGUGCCCUCCUUUCCUGGCAUGCAAAAAUUUCCACUGCUACCACAGAUCCAUGCAUUGACACUGAGUCUGAAACCCAAGACUACCCCAAGAUCAACGACCCUGUCACAGAAGAUGAGAGCGAUGGUGAAGGAGAAGUGGAGGCUCACAAGGGCAAUCUUGUAGAUGAUCCCAAGGCCUGUGAAUCCUUACCUGUCUCUGAUACUCCAGAGAAUGAGGAUGAAGAAGUUCCUGCACCUCCAUUGAAGGCGAAGUUGUUCAAGAAGUGUGUGCUCUCUAACACUCCCCCCAAAAACUCCACAGUUAUAGAGACUUCCUUGACUGCCCCGAAGAGGAGUCUGACAGGGAUGACGAUGAAUAUAAAGAUGAAGAAGCCUCAAGCCUCUGACGAAGAAGCACCCACGCCUCCAUCAAAGGCGACAUUGUUCAAGAAGAGUGUGCUCUCCAACACUCUUCCCUCAAGUGCUCUGCCAAAAAACUCCAUGGCAAUGGAGACUGCCUCACCUAUCCCACAACUUUAUUCAUUUGAUGAUGUCAGUGAAGACCUUCCCAUUGCUUCUAGACCUGGGCGGCUGUGCCAGGAAGGUGUAGAUGAUGCGCAGGAGCUCAGGUGCAAGACACUUGAGGCUGCCAAGGCAAUUGGGGCCAAGUAUGGAAAAUCCGCACAUACAAUACUCAUUGAGGCCGGGUUGUCUGUGAAGCACUCCAGGGCCGAGACCCCAUGGAACAUGCACCAAGGAUGGUACAAGGGUAAAUAUCCUCGAGAAAAAGAUGAACAACUCAGUGAUUGGAGAAAGAGGCAGUGCGACCACUACUACAGCCUCCCAGAUGAUGACCCACUGUGGGAUGAUGUACAAGCAUACUACAACUUUCACUUAGGUAGUGCCAAUAACAAUCAGUCGCAUGCCAGCAUUGUUAUGUCUACAAGGGACACACUCGCUAAGUGUUUUGCAGCUUAUUCUUGUCUAGAAGGCAUUGAGGUCAUUGGCUGUGUCUUCAAUUUGACUCCUGAUGAGGUGGCCUGA